UUUCCUUCACCAGUCAAGCUCGAUAGUUGUUACGAACAAGCCACUGGAAGGAAGUCUGCCAGAGACAUUCUGACAAGUGUGUACUAGUAGUGUGUGGCCAGUAUCGUCGUCUCGCAUAAGCCAAAGCCUUUGAAAUGCGCUUCUUUGUGGUUCUAGCCACCUGCCUUGCUGUAGCGUCGGCCGAUAUAGGGCUCAAGCUGCGCCAGGGAGCAGCGGCCGGUAGCAGCAGCUACGCCGGUAGCCAAGGUGCAGUGACCAUCGAUUACGCACCCACCGUCUUCGAAGACACGGUCGUCGAUGGAGCUGCAUCCGGUGCCAGUGCCGGCUCAUACGCUGGAGCCGGGUCGUACGGCGGCGCUUCCUCCGGAGCGUCCAGCAAUGCUUACGCAGGCGCUGCCAGCGGUGUACAAUACAACCAGGCGGGACUUUUUGGCGGUGCUGGUGCAUCUGCCGAUUCGUCUGCAUCGGCCGGCUCAUUCGGUGGGGCCGGUUCAUUCGCAGGAUCCAACGCUAACAGCUUCGCCAGUAGUGGCGCGUUCGGCUCUUCUUCGGCCGGUGCAUCCGCCUUUGCCCAGACCAAGACGGAGGUCCGCUAUGCCGCCCCAGUGAUCAAGAAGAACUUCUACUACCACGUAGCGCAGGACGAUACGAUCGCUGAAACCGAAACCAACACCCUCACCAUCACGCCCCGCAAGCACUACAAGGUCAUCUUCAUCAAGGCCCCGUCUGCCAGUGCCAACGCCGGUGCAUCGUCCAAGGCAGCCAGCCAAACGGAAGAGAAGACGAUCGUCUACGUGCUCGUCAACAAGCCGGCUAAGGCAAACGCCACUAGCGAGGCCGAGGCAAGCUCUUACUCCUCUGGCAAGCCGGAGGUAUACUUCGUCAAGUACCAGGGUGCUCAGGCUACCUCUAGUUCAAGCUCUAAAUCGCAAUCGGGUGGAUCGAUUGCCAUCAGCGAUGCCAAUGCUGUCGCUGGUGCAAAUGCUAUCUCUGGCGCUGGAGCCAAUGCUUACUCUGGCGCUCGUGCCAAUGCUUACUCUGGCGCUGGUGCCAAUGCUUACUCUGGCACUGGGGCUGGAUCCCGUGGUGCCGGUAUCAUCACUGGUGCAAAUUCACUCGCUAAUGCUGGUGCAUUGGCCGGAAACAGCGGAUACAACUCUGUCGGAGCUUCUGCCCAAGCUGCUGCCCAAUCCACUGCCGGAGGACUGGCAUUUACGCCCUAGUAUGGCCCGCACACAGGAAGUAAGAGAUCCCGAGGCGUCUGUGUUCAGCCUCAACGGCAGGAACGAUGCAGCAUUACUCAAGGAAAUCGAACAGUCACAUUGAAAAACCGAACAAGUACGAAUCGCACAGAUUUGACUCAAACCAGAAGUAAUGAGUCGAGCUGACGGCUUCGUGAUGUAACUAGUACCUUUCGAGUAGAGCUUUUCCCUCUACACGUAUUCCUUUGCCUCUUCCUCUUAGUCAUCGUGAUCAGGGCUUUUCCUCUCCCUUUGUACAUUAAACGUAAGCAACGUAAGAUAGGUUUAUUUUUCCCUUGAGCUCCGUCGAACGAUCUGGACGUGAGUGACAGUAACGGUUUAGUAGAAUGGAGUUUUGUGUGUACGUAUAGUGAGAAGAAGCCAGCAAUUGUAUCAUAAUAAAAGCGUAUCCACACAAACGCG